GACGCCAUCAGCAGGCGCCUGUAUUUACUUCAGUUCCAGUUAGCUCGCUGCUGCUGCUGCUGCAAUGGAGGUAAACAGGGACGAAGCGGAGCGCUGCAUCGACAUUGCAACUGCGGCGUUAAGCAACGAGCAGCCGGAGAAGGCGCAGAGGUUCCUGGAGAAGGCGCAGAGACUCUUCCCGACAGAGAAAGCGAAGGUACUGCUGGAGAUGAUAGCAAAGAAUGGCUUCACACCUAGAGGUGGUCACUCAGACUUUAAUGGACAAUCAGGUCCUCGACAGCGGCAGCCAAACAGUGACGAUACCAGACCUGAAGCAAAGCCCUCAGAAAAAUCCUACACAGCAGACCAGUUGGAUUCUGUUAGGAGGAUAAAACAAUGUAAAGACUUCUAUCAAAUUCUCGGGGUCCAGGCGGACGCUUCAGAGGACGAACUCAAAAGAUCAUACAGAAAACUUGCUUUGAAAUUCCAUCCAGACAAGAAUCACGCUCCAGGUGCUACGGAGGCUUUUAAAGCUAUUGGGAAUGCGUAUGCUGUUCUGAGUAAUGCAAGCAAAAGACGACAGUACGAUCAAUGCGGCGAAGAGAAGACAAAUCCUUCAAGCAGCGGCCCAGAGAAUGAAAACUUCGAGGCGGAUAUUUCCCCUGAGGACCUCUUCAACAUGUUCUUCGGAGGAGGUUACCCCUCAAGCAGUGCUAGCAUGUAUGCUAAUGGGCGGAUGCGUAACCAAAGGCGAGACAGAAGGGAGCGACCGCGCGAGGGAGGCUUCGCUCUGUUCGUGCAGGUCAUGCCCAUCCUCAUCCUGGUUAUUGUGUCCGCCCUCAGUCAGAUCAUGGUCAACAGCCCCCCCUACAGCCUCAGCUACAGGCCGUCUGCAGGCUACACACAGAAGAGGCUGACGAUGAGCCUGAAGGUGCCAUAUUAUGUGGGGGAGCAUUUCUCCAGGGAGAUCACUGGACUGAAUCUGAAGAACUUGGAGCGGACGGUGGAGGAUGAUUUUAUUUCCAACCUUCGCAACAAUUGCUGGAAGGAGAAGCAACAGAAGGAAGGAAUGCUUUACAGAGCUCGCUAUUUUGGAGACAACGAUCUGUACCAAAGAGCACAGAGGGCUCGCACACCGAGCUGCGCCAAGCUGUCAGAGAUCACAGCUUCAUUACAUGGUUGAUGCUGCUAUAAUCAUCAACAUAAAUUGUUAUUCUUUUCCUUCUCUACUGUAGGUUUCCAGAAUUAACACAUAAGUUGAUUGGCUGUAAAUAGAGGCUUUCUGGAGACUGAUGAUGUCUCGACAAGCAACAAAAACCAGCACCAAUCUGCAUCGAAUCCCCCCACACAAACUGGUUUGAACUGCCAUGUGUGUGGAUUUUAGUCUGUGAAUCUAAAAGAUAUUAUAAAUAUAAUGUUUUGAAAUGGAACAAAUAACUUAAAAUAGCUUGUCAUCCUGACAAGAAUGAGGUUUGGGAAACAUCCAAGCCCCCGUUAUGAGCCAUGAAGUUAGCAGAGGUCACUUUAUUGUUUAUGCAAGAAUGCAGUAUGAAGCCAGAGCAUAGUGAGGUUACAUAUAGUCGUGCAGUAGGGAUGUUAUUUAUGUAACAGUUUAUUAGAUACCACUUCCUCUUUUAUUUUACAGAGCAGGGACGAAGGAGGGUUUAUUGUUUUGUCUUAAAAUGCAAUUUCUGAAACUAUGCAGGAAUAAUGUGAAACCUCUGAUGAAUAUACACUCAUGUCCAAGCUUUUUCAGACACUUUAACACCUCAGAUUUGUCAUCUUUGUCUAUGUGUGUGUGCGUGUGUGUGUUAGUGUGUGUGCGAGAGAUAACAAGGAAAUGUCCCUUUUUAUGUUUUGCCUAUUUAACUGUCAUAUGGGUAAAAUGUCAUGCUUCAACUUAAUGGCACUUCACAAUAAAAGCCAAGGGAAUGA